AUGGCGGUGACGGACUUCUUCGCCGGCGAGAUCGCGACGGAGCUCCUGAAGCAGCUCGUACAGACAACCCGCAAGUCCUGCCUCAGCAAGGAGAGGGCCCCCAGCUCACCCGCAUUCGAGGACCUCCAACCGAUCAUCCGCGAGAUCCAGUACUCGGGUGUCGAGCUCCUUGGCCACCGACAAACCCAGCUUGACCACUUCUCAAGGACCCUCACGGAUGGCCUCGAGCUCUCCAGGAAGGUCCUCGGCACCAACCGCUGGAACCUCUACAAGAACCUCCAGUUGACGAGGAAGAUGGAGAAGCUUGACAAGAAGAUCAAUCAUUUCAUUCAGGUCCCGAUGCAGGCCCACACCCUAGCCGACGUGCACCACAUGCGGGUGGAGAGGGAGCGACUGGACCGGAUCGAGGGGUCGGCGCGGCGGCUGGAGCAGAGCCUGUCGGAGAUGAGGAUCGGCGGUGGCGGGUGGGGGGAGGCGCUGAAGCAGAGGGAGGAGACCGAGGCGGAGUCUGACGCCUUCGGCAGCGGCGUGCUGAGUUUUGGGCCCUCGGUGGAGGUGGGGAGAAGGAAAGUGAGGGAGAUGAUUAGGGACAGUAAGGAUAUGGGGGUGAUUGGGAUAUGUGGGAUUGGUGGGUCUGGGAAGACCACUUUGGCUAAGGAAGUUGCUAAGGAUGAUGCUAUCAGAAAUGAUUUCAACGGCAGGGUCCUGUUCCAAACAGUAUCUCAGUCCCCUAAUAUAGAUGUAUUGAAGAAACAGAUUAAGGCAUACAUAAUGGGGAAUGAAGGGGUCAGUCCAUUCGAUCGGGUUCCUCAGUGGAAUAUGCAAUGGAGACCAGAAGGCAUAGAUAAUUUGGGGGCCACAAGACGAAAGACCCUGAUCGUGCUGGAUGAUGUGUGGUCGUUCUCGGAUCUUGAGCCAUUGGUUGCCAUUUCCAGGACACCCGGUUGCACAACUCUUGUGGUCUCGAGAUUCAAAUUCCCAGAAGUAACUACAGAUACUUAUGAAGUAGAAUUGCUGAGGGAACAAGAAGCCAUGACCCUGUUCUGCCACUCGGCCUUUGGUCAAAAAUCCAUCCCUCCUGGUGCUGAUAAAGAUUUGGUCAAGCAGGUGGUCAACGAAUGUAAAGGGCUUCCUUUGGCUCUCAAAGUGAUUGGAGCUUCACUAAGGGACCAAUUACCGAUGUUCUGGGUGAGUGCCCGAAAGAGAUUGGCAAGGGGAGAGCCGAUAUCCGACUCUCAUGGAAGCAAACUGUUGGAUAGGAUGGCGAUCAGUGUCGAGCACUUGAAGAAAAAGGUCAAAGAAUGCUUCUCGGAUUUGGGAUCGUUCCCAGAGGACACAAAGAUUCCUCUGGAUGUUCUUAUCAACAUGUGGGUCGAAAUACAUGACAUCGAUGAAGAAGAAGGUUUUGCAAUCGUUGUUGAGCUCUCCAACAAAAAUCUAAUUACUUUGGUUAAGGAUGUCCGAGCUGGAGAAAUAUACAGCAGUUAUUUCGAGGUGUCGGUGACCCAACAUGAUGUGCUAAGGGACCUCGCCCUUCAUCUCAACAACCAGGAGGAAGUCAACAAGCGCAAGCGACUGCUUAUGCCUAGAAGAGAAAAUGAGUUUCCUAAAGAGUGGGAAAGGAAUUCAGGCAUACCGUUCGAUGCUCAAAUUGUUUCAGUUCACACAGGUAAAAUGGAUGAAAUGGACUGGCCAAGAAUGGAAUUCCCCAAGGCUGAAGUGCUUAUCCUCAACUUCUCUUCCGACAGUUACUUCUUACCUCCUUUUGUUGAGAACAUGCAGCUCCGUGCUCUGAUUGUCAUAAAUCACAGCACUUCCAAUGCUGUCCUCCGAAACUUUUCGGUUUUCUCUAGUUUGACCAAGUUGCGAAGCCUCUGGCUUGAAAGAGUUUGUGUCCCCCAUUUAUCUGAAAGCACAACACCCCUCAAUGACAUGAGGAAGGUAUUUCUAGUCCUGUGCAAGAUCAAUGACAGCCUAGAUCCAUCAAUCGUCAACCUCCCCAGUUUUCCACGCCUAUCGGAGCUCACUAUUGACCAUUGCGAUGACUUAUUGGAGCUUCCUUCAAGCAUUUGCCUGGCCCAAUCCCUCAAGAGCCUGAGCAUCACGAACUGCCACAGCCUCCAAAGUCUACCGGCCGACUUGCACAAUCUGUCAUCUCUAGAGAUACUGAGAAUGUAUGCUUGCCCGAAUCUUAGGACGCUUCCUCGAAUUUGUCAACUUGGUUGCUUGAAGUAUCUUGACAUCUCUCAAUGUGUUAAUUUGAUGGACCUUCCUAAAGAAAUUGGAAACCUGGAGAAACUUGAGAAGAUCGAUAUGAGGGAAUGUGCGCAAAUAAGGGGGGUGCCGAGGUCUGCCUCAUUGAUGAAGACUCUUAAAACCGUGAUCUGUGAUGAGGAGGUGUCUUGGGGGUGGAAAGAUGCUGUGAAGCCGAGGGAGGAUGUUCUAGUUCAAGUCGCGGACAAGUGCUUCUCUCUGGACUGGCUCGACGAUUGACCGCAUCUCUUAUGAAAGCUUGCCACAUCACUCAGCAUUCAAUAUUAAGCAACAAGUUCUAGUCAAGCUAUUCUCGCAUCUGUAACUUUCAUAUUUUUACAUUUUAAUUUGGUCCUCCAUGUCUCGAAAACUUAUUAAGUUUUGCGUUCUGUUCAAUGUUAUUUUGCUCUGUAUAUCUGUGUGGUGGACACCGAUGAGUUCUCCGAAGACCAUCUUGCAUUUUUUUGUUUCUGGCCCCGUUUCUCCAUCUUGACUUUCGUUAAACUGACCGGAUUGUUAUGUGUGCAAUGCUGCCUGUAAUGAAUUUUGUUUAUUAAAUGA